AUGUCUAAAGUUCACAGAACCAGAAGUUCUACUACGAAAAAAACGACUACUACUGUUCCUGAAAAUGUUGAUACUGAUAGUCGUGAAGCAUCUAUACUUUCAAAUUCUUCAACAUUGUCUUUUUCUCCUAGUAAAAGAACGAGACUUCAGGAGAAAGCUCAGUUGUCUGGACUAAAUAACCGUCUUGCAGCUUACAUUGAAAAAGUUAGAAGUUUAGAAGCUGAGAAUGCUGCAUUGUCAAUGCGUAUUCAACGUAUUGAAACUGAAGACCGCAAGGAGGAAAAAGAUGUAGCUGCAGCAUGGAAGAAAAAAUGUGAUGAACUUAGAAAUCUUGUAGAUUCCCUUAGUGCUGAUAAAACAAGAUUGGAAGUUACAAGAAAUAAAGCUGUUCAUGAAAUUACUGAUGUAGCUGCACGCUUAGAAAGAGUUGAACGUGAAUUAAAAUCAACUAGCGAUGCUUUGCUUUAUGAACAAAAUUUAACACAAGAACUUAAAGCUACGGUUGAGACAGAAAAAAAUCGUAGAAAUCAUUGUGAAAAUGAUAGAAGGAAGUUGGCUGAUGAAAAUAAGGAGCUUAAAGACAAACUUAAAUUGUCAAAAAAAGCUGUUGAAGAUGAAAUUGUAUUGCGUACGGAUCUUCAAAACAAAGUUAUCACAUUAGAAGAGGAACUUGAAUUUGAAAAAGCUAAUAAUAGAAGAAAGAUUGAUGAAUUUCAUAAGAAAAAAACUGAGGAGUUGACCAUUUUACGUAAUGAAAUGGAUCGUAGCUACAAUGAUGAAUUGGUUCAACAACUUCAAGCUAUGAGAGCAGAAUGUGAUGGAAGAAUUGCUCAAAAUAGAAAAGAAAUAGACAAUAUGUACAAGAAAAAGUUUGCCGAUUCUGCUAAUUUAUCAAGCAAGGAGCGUCAAGAUUUGGCUGGUGCUAGAGCUCAAAUUAGUCAAUUAACUGUUGAGAUUCGUCAAAUUGAAACUAAGUAUAAAAACGCUUUGUCAGAAAAGAGCAGAUUAUCUGAUCAAAUAGAGGACUUAGAAAAUCGUUUAUCUCAUGCUGAGAAACGAGCAGAAAUUCAAAUUGCUUCUAAGAAUGAGGAUAUUGCUAGAUUAGAAAAACAGAUUCAGGACUUAAUGGAUGAUUACAGUGGUCUUAUGGAUAUUAAGAUUCAACUUGACACUGAAAUCGAAGCCUACCGUCGUUUACUUGAAGGUGAAGAAACUAGAUUAAAUAUAUCUAGUGAAAGUUUCAAUAGUUCAGGAUUAAACAAUAGUCAUAACGCCUCACGUGCUUCAUCAUUUUUGACUAAUCUUUUUAGUUCAACAUCAAGAUCUACAAGAGGAACUAAGAGACCACGUUUGGAUGAAACUGUUUCUGAAUUUGUAAAUAACCCAGCAGUAAUGAAAAAAAUUAAUCAAGCUAGAUCAACAUCUGAAUCAUUUUGUGCUGUAACAAUUGAAGAAUUCCCUGAAAAUGGUGAUUAUGUUAGACUUAAAAACAAUUCAAAUGAAGAGGUUCAUCUAGGUAAAUGGCAGCUAUCAGUUAGUGAUAAUGAAGAAAGAGCAUUAGACUAUACUUUUAAUGAAAAGUACAUUCUUCCACCAAGUACAACUCUUACAAUCUGGUCUAAAGAUGCUCCUCUUGCUACAAAUAAAGGAGACAAUAUAGUUAUGAAAACCUCUAACUGGCCAUUUGGGGAGACACUUCAUGCGACAUUAAGUGAUGCUGAUGGAGAAAAAAUGGCUUCCCGUGAUAUCUAUUCCCAGGAAGAAGCGAUUGAAUUUUUGAAGAAGAAUCCAGAUCAAAAUUGUUGCGUUAUGUAG